UCAUGCUGCUGCCAGGUCCAGAGUGUCUCAUGGGUCCCUGUACGGCCUCCCAUUGCUGCUGUCUCCAUCGCCACACUCUGCCAUGUGCCACUUUCAGGUCUCCUCACACUGCUGGUGUGUUCCAUUUUUUGUCAUAGGGUGCUGGCAGAUUACGGGCCUCCCAUAGCUGCUGCCAGGCCCCUAAUCUGCCAUGGGCCCCUGUACCGCCUCCUCAUGCUGCUGCCAGGUCCACAGUGUCUCAUGGGUCCCUGUACGGCCUCCCAUUGCUGCUGUCUCCAUCGCCACACUCUGCCAUGUGCCACUUUCAGGUCUCCUCACACUGCUGGUGUGUUCCAUUUUUUG